UUGAAUAUAUAAUAGAGGUUGGGUUGUUAAUAGAGCUUAGUUUAAAAAGUUGAGUGCCAGAGAGACUUAUUUUAUAAAUGGAUUCUUCAAAAGUGUUGCUUACAUUUGCGCUCGUGGUUACAAUGUCCAUCUCCUACGAUCUUUUCUCCGGAAUAAACGCGAGAAUUGUGCCUCCGACUUGUUACGAGGGAUGUAACGCAACGUUUCAUAAUCCAGAAUGUAACAAAUUUUGUAUAGGAUUGCUUUAUAAAGAUGGUAGUUGCUUUGACCCAGAAGGUCCUUCUAAACGACCUUAUUAUCGUUGUUGUUGCGACCCUAUAAUUCUUCCACCUCCUUCUCUUUGAUCAAUA